UUGUAUACCGAUCAUUUAGGAGAGAACAAUUAGCUUAGAUAAAAUGAACCUCUUUUAUCUGUUGUCACUCAUUUUGCUUUUUGGCAUUGCUAUGGGUCACAAAGUGUCAAAGGGUCACAGAUCUGAAAUGUGUCAACCGCAAUUGACCAGACAAGAUCUAUUCGAUAUAGCCAUAACUUCCGGAAUCAAGGUGUUGAUCAGGCAGAUUGAGGGGUUCAAUGGCGAUGUGCCGAUCUCUUCGAGUCUAUUGGUUCAUAUCACCACCAUGGCCUCCAAGUAUAUCCUGUCCGGAAAGAGCAUUAGGUUCAUUCUCAGGAUUCUAUAUGUGGCAUGCAGGUUGAACAAACCGUCUAAACAUGAAAAAAAGUCACGAACAGCAGUCGAAACGGCCUUCUUAUGCCUGUGGGAGAUGGGAGUCGAAAAGUGCUAUUCAUAUAAAGGCAAGGAAGAAGGUGACUUUUCUAUAGAGAUUCCAUGAAGGACGGAUUUUGAGUUUUCGAUACACGAUGCUUCACCACAAUUUGAUUACCGAUUUGUCCAUUAUAAAUACAAAAAAAAGAAUAAAACUUUUAUUCAAUCAA